GGGGCUUGUGGGGAGUUGGACCAGCGUCAGCGUGGCUUCAGGAGGGGAGGGGCUGAGAGGCGGGGCCUCGAGUGGCCCGAGGUGGCCCGGCUGCUGGGUUGGUAGCGGCGGCGCAGUCCGACUCAUCCCAGCUCCAGGAUGGCGUCCCCCCGGGAAUUGACCCAGAACCCCCUGAAGAAGAUCUGGAUGCCGUACAGCAAUGGGCGGCCCGCUCUGCACGCCUGCCAGCGCGGUGUUUGCAUGACCAACUGCCCAACGCUCAUUGUCAUGGUGGGGCUGCCUGCCAGGGGCAAGACCUACAUCUCUAAGAAGCUGACUCGCUACCUGAACUGGAUUGGCGUGCCCACGCGGGAAUUCAACGUUGGCCAGUACCGCCGGGACAUGGUCAAGACGUACAAAUCUUUCGAGUUUUUCCUUCCAGACAACGAAGAGGGCCUGAAAAUCAGGAAGCAGUGUGCCCUGGCAGCUCUCCGUGAUGUUCGGCGGUUUCUUAGUGAGGAGGGGGGACAUGUGGCGGUUUUUGAUGCAACAAAUACCACCCGAGAACGGAGAGCGACCAUCUUCAAUUUUGGGGAACAGAACGGCUACAAGACCUUUUUUGUUGAGUCCAUCUGUGUGGAUCCUGAGGUCAUAGCUGCCAACAUCGUGCAAGUGAAACUGGGCAGCCCUGACUAUGUCAACCGCGAUAGUGAUGAGGCCACGGAGGAUUUCAUGAGGCGCAUCGAGUGUUACGAGAAUUCGUACGAGUCACUAGACGAGGACCUGGACAGGGAGCUGUCCUACAUCAAGAUCAUGGACGUGGGGCAGAGCUACGUGGUGAACCGCGUGGCUGACCACAUCCAGAGCCGCAUCGUGUAUUACCUCAUGAACAUCCAUGUGACGCCCCGCUCCAUCUACCUCUGCCGGCAUGGGGAGAGCGAGCUUAACCUCAAGGGCCGGAUUGGCGGGGACCCAGGACUGUCCCCCCGGGGCAGGGAGUUUGCCAGGAGUCUUGCCCAGUUCAUCAGUGAUCAGAACAUUAAGGACCUAAAGGUCUGGACAAGCCAAAUGAAGAGGACAAUCCAGACGGCUGAGGCCCUGGGUGUGCCUUACGAGCAGUGGAAAGUUCUCAACGAGAUUGAUGCGGGUGUCUGUGAGGAAAUGACCUACGAGGAAAUUCAGGAUCAUUAUCCGCUGGAGUUUGCCUUGCGAGACCAGGACAAGUACCGGUACCGGUACCCCAAGGGGGAGUCCUACGAGGACCUGGUCCAGCGACUGGAGCCUGUCAUCAUGGAGCUGGAGCGUCAGGAGAAUGUUCUGGUCAUCUGCCACCAGGCGGUGAUGCGCUGCCUCCUGGCCUACUUCCUUGACAAGGCGGCAGAGCAGCUGCCCUACCUCAAGUGUCCACUGCACACAGUCCUGAAGCUGACCCCUGUGGCUUAUGGUUGUAAAGUGGAGUCCAUAUUCCUGAACGUGGCAGCUGUGAACACGCACCGCGACAGGCCUCAGAAUGUUGACAUCUCUCGGCCUCCAGAGGAAGCCCUUGUCACUGUCCCUGCUCACCAGUGACCAUGUCUUGUCCACGGCACCCCCUGGGCCGUUGUUGAGCUCUUCGGACGAGGUCAUUCCAGGCCCUUGGUCUGUGUGACAGUCAUCGCACAGGAACCCCCUCAAAGCCAUGCGUGGUUGGUGGCGCCCAGAACCCCCGCCCCAGCCCACCUGUUUCCUUGUUGACAGCGACGGGGUUGUACGUGGUGCCCAACCUGCUGCUAAAAAUCACUCGCCCGACUGCCCACGCUGGUGUGUGAGAGUCCUCCCAGCACAUGACCCUUCUCUCUCACCGGCUGGGUGGGUUUUGUGAAGUGUCACACCCAAAAAUGUGAACUGAAAGCACUUGCUGUGAUCUUUCCACCCACCGAGGCGGAGCUGCCUGGGUAGACCUGGGGACACCUCCAAGGGCUCUGCUUCCCUCUCUAUGACCACUUCCUGAUCCAGAGGCAAGGUCUUCGUGGGAUCCCUUGGGAUUUGCUGCUGCCUUUGUGAGUGAGAGAGCCCGCCCCCUCCUGUCCCGCCGGGAACUGAAGAGCUUCUGCCAAGGCAGCCACCUCCGCAGGCCGACCCUCGUUCCAUGCACCACAUCUGUGGACGCUCAGGAAAGCAGUGUGCUCCCUUCAGCACCUGGGGGUGCACAGAAACAUGUGGGGAGCAGAGCACUUGAGGUCACUCAUUCACAAUUAUGCCUACACUGGAAUACUUCUGGGAGCCAGUGGCCAAGGCCACCCUUCCCCGACACUCUCAUGGUGCAACAUGUAAAGACAUAACGACAGGGUGGCUGGGGUGUUCUCUUGUGGUGCAGUGGGUUAAGGAUCUCACGUUGUCACUGCAGUGGCUUGAGUCACUGCUGUGGCGCAGGUUUGAUCCCUGGCUCAGGAACUUCUAUGUGCCGCAAAUGUGGCAAAAAAACAAAGCAAAAAACAAAAACCAAUCAAACAAGAAAGAACAAAGACAGGCGGUUGUAUGAGUUAUCCCCCCAGUGUACACUCCCAAGUGCUCGAGGGAUAGGCUGCUCUCCCCUCUCCCUUUCCCGGCCAUGCCACCAGGCUACCUCACCCACAGCUGCCUGUGCCCAUACAGGAGUGUGCACUGGUGACACGACCUGCAUUUGCUGUGAAGGGUUUGGGAAAGCUUGUGAUCUUGUAGAGCCUGGCCUGGCAUGGAUUGGCCUCUACCGGUGGGACUGAGCGGGUGAGAGGCUGGAACCGGAGGCAGCCCAUGGCCAGGGGAGGGUUUUCACAGCCACCUCACAGCUUUUGAUUCUUGUACACAGGAGCCUGGUGGAAACGACCUCAGGAAGCCUGCCAUCUGUCACACCCUGAGUUCUUCUAGGCCCAGAGAGGUGGGCUGGGCAGUGGGUUCCAGCUCCAUUUUGUAGCUGGGAGAACUUACUGACCAGCAGGCUGUGAGUCUGGAUGAGAAAAUGUGUGGAUUUGUAGUUGGGUGCCCUGCUGCCUACAGGUGGUUCUUGGUGAAGCCAGGCUCCCAGAUCCUGUGUCCUGGCCCAGGCUGGUGGUCUCUCGGCCUCUUGUGAGCAGCAGCUGUGGACCAACACGAGAGAAGAGAUGUCCACGACAGAGCUAUAGCAGGAUCCUCCUUGUGGAUUUGUCUCCUGUCAGAGCCCCAAGCCCCUCAAGACAGGGCCAGAGCACCAUGCCUCUGCUUUGGGAUAUGGGGACUGCAGCCUUUGCUUCUAUGUCUGCUGGAGUUUUGGUGACUUUAAGUCAACAGGACAUGUUCACUCAUCAGCCAUAGCAAGUCCCUUUGGUCAGUGGCAUGUACACCAAGAUGUCACCACUUCUCCAGGACCUCUGGCUGGCUGAGGCAAGAUCAGCGAGGCCUUUUCUCUGUGUGUCCAGAGGGCAGCCAGGAGCUCCUGAGCCACAUGUGUUACAAGGACUGGGCUGGGGCAGGGGGAGGUCUGGGGUCCCAGCAGGGCUCUCUCCGGAGCUAUGUCUGCGGGGCAGCAGCCCGCCUGGCUGGCUUCCAGGUUGUAGCCGUGAUGGCUGAUGUGCUCCUGUUGCAGAUGAUUUUCCUGCUCUCUCUGGAAUGGAUGUUGUUGGAUUGCAGCUACACAUCACACACAGCAUUCUUUGCAAUAAAUACGUUUUUAAAAACGAA